UUUUUUUUUUUUUUUUUACAGACUCUGGGAAAACUGUGGAGGACGUGUUGUAAGAAAAAUAAAGAUAAGCAGCCUUGAAGAUAGUCCAAUCACUCUGAGAGAAAUGCAUUUUGAAAGAAAAUCACGGACAAGACCUGCCUGAACGGAGAGAGACGUCUGGGGGCGAAUCUUUACAAGGACCAGGACAGAAAACAGAUCCUGGGAACUCACGUUAAGUUUUAGAUUCUUUGCCACCCUCUAACCCUGUAUAAUGGCCGGCUUGAAAUGAGAUGGGAGGGUGGCUUUUGGGGGUUGGUGUUAUACCUGCUGCCUUACAUGGGCAGCAUCUGAAUAGAAGCACCUCAGAGAUUCAACUUUGCUUCUAUUUAUUACUCUGGUAGCCACCGACAGCUGAACUUCCAGUUCCCGUUUCAAAUUACUGGACAGCAGUGGGACUCUCAGGAAUUUACAAUCUCACCAGCGUGACUGGCUAAAAUUACAUGAAGGAGAUUUCAAGGAAGAAAACCAACAGGCAGUGAGAAGGAGCGCAGCUGUACACCCACGAAUAGCUUAAGGGCUACCUGGAUGUUGGGUUUGCAGCAAGAAGAAAACUGUGGGGAAACCAGAAGCUUCAUGGAAGAGGACUGAGCCCUCUGGAAGUUUUAUCUUUUUGCAUAGCUUAUAGGGAGGGAUCAGCUAGCUGAAUGCUUUCUGUUUUCGUUAGCGUGACCCAGCCUACUUCCAACACAUGCCCAGAACUACAUUAGUCAUGGGAUUGGAGCCAAACAUUUAAGACUGCAGAGCAUAUACAAGAAUUUACUGCUUUGACAUUGAAAACCACGGAAGAAUUGGAGCCUUGCAUUGAAAGGAGUUGUUCUGCAGCAGUUUUUUUUCUUGUCUAAAGUUUACUUCUGCAAGAGAACAUCUGAAAAAUGACAGGGGCAAAGAGGAAAAAGAAAAGUGUGCUCUGGAGCAAGGUGAAGGCUCCCCAUUGUGAAGGCUUUAAACAGUGGUGUAGAAGGCGGCUACCGAUUUUGGAAUGGGCAUUACAUUACAAUCUGAAAGAAAACUUGCUUCCAGAUACUGUGUCUGGGAUCAUGUUGGCAGUUCAACAGGUGACACAAGGGUUGGCCUUUGCCGUUCUCUCAUCUGUGCACCCAGUGUUUGGUUUAUAUGGGUCUUUUUUUCCUGCCAUCAUUUAUGCCAUCUUUGGAAUGGGACGUCACGUUGUCACAGGCACUUGUGCCUUGACAUCCUUAAUAUCAGCCAAUGCAGUGGAACGGCUUGUCCCUUCGAGUAGCCAGAACCUCACCAAACAAAGUAACACAAGCAUCCUGGGCUUAUCUGACUUUGAGAUGGAAAGGAUUGGUAUCGCUGCAUCUGUUUCCUUCUUGGGAGGUGUGAUUCAGGUGGCCAUGUUUGCCCUACAGCUGGGCAGUGCUACGUUCCUGUUCACGGAGCCUGUGAUCAGCGCAAUGACAACUGGGGCUGCCACAAAUGUUGUGACUUCACAAGUCAAGUAUCUCUUGGGAAUGAAAAUACCUUACAUAUCCAGGCCACUUGGAUUAUUUUACAUCUACACAUAUGUCUUUGAGAACAUCAAGUCUGUUCGCCUGGAAGCCCUGCUCUUAUCCUUGCUGAGCAUUGUGGUGCUUGUGGUGGUGAAAGAGUUAAAUGAGCAGUUUAAAAGGAAAAUUAAAGCCGUCCUUCCUGUCGAUUUGGUUUUGGUUAUUGCUGCAUCAUUUGCUUGUUAUUAUACCGAUAUGGAAAAUACAUAUGGAUUAGACGUACUUGGUCAUAUUCCAAAAGGAAUUCCUUUGCCUAGACCUCCCUCCAUGAAUGUCCUCUCUGCAGUAAUCAAAGAAGCUUUUGGAGUAGCACUUGUGGGCUAUGCAGCCUCCCUGGCUCUUGCUCAAGAAUCUGCCAAAAAAUUCAAAUAUUCAGUGGAUGACAACCAGGAAUUUUUGGCUCACGGCCUCAGCAAUGUGGUUUCUUCAUUUUUCUUCUGCAUACCAAGUGCUGCCGCCAUGGGAAGGACCACUGGCCUGUACAGCACAGGAGCAAAGACACAGGUGGCUUGUCUCAUAUCUUGCAUUUUCGUCCUGACAGUCAUUUAUGCAAUAGGACCUUUGCUUUACUGGCUGCCAAUGUGUGUUCUUGCAAGUAUUAUUGUCGUGGGACUGAAAGGAAUGCUCAUACAGUUUCGGGAUUUAAAAAAAUAUUGGAAUGUGGAUAAAAUCGAUUGGGGCAUAUGGGUCAGUACAUAUAUAUUUACAAUAUGUUUUGCUGCCAAUGUGGGGCUACUGUUUGGUGUUGUUUGUACCAUAGCUAUGGUGAUUGGUCGCUUCCCAAGAGCAAAGACACUGAAUAUAAAAAACAUGAAUGAAAUGGAAUUUAAAAUGAAAACAGAAAUGGAUGGUGAAACCCGGCAGCAGGUGAAAAUUAUCUCAAUAAACAACCCACUGGUUUUUCUGAAUGCAAAGAAGUUUCAUGCUGAUCUAAUGAAUAUAAUCCAAAAAGAACAUGCCAGCAACCAGCCAUUUGAUGAUACCAACAAGUGUGAACAAAACUCAUUGCUCAAUUCUCUGUCCAAUGGCAAUUGCAUUGAAGAAGCGUCACAGCCCUGCCCAGAGGAGAGGGCGUGCUCCGUAGUCCUGGAUUGCAGCGGGUUGGCCUUUUUUGACUCUUCUGGCGUCUCCGUGCUGGUUGAGGUUUACAGGGACUGUCAGAGCAGGAGUGUGGAUGUAUCAUUAGCCCAUUGCACAGCUUCCUUGGUAAAAGCCAUGCAGUACUUUGGAAACCUAGACUCAGAGGAACCAAUUUUUUUUAAAUCAGUAUCUGCUGCAAUAAGUGACAUCCAUUCGAAUAAAGUGAGACAAAAUCUGAGCAAGCUCAGUGAGCAGAGUGAAGUCUGAAGCCCCAUGUGCUGCAGCACAGAUGUUGCUUCAGCAACUGGCCUGCGGAGAGCGUGCGCCAGCGUUUUGCACAACCUGUUCGUCGUUCAGAUCCUGCAGAGGACCUCUGCUGUGAUCCAUACAGUGCGACUUGUUAGCCACAGAGUCCUGGCCAAGAUCUGCUAGCACUUUUUUCCCAAUUUUUGUUAGUAAGCAGAUUCACUGAGUAGGUUAUUUUAUAGUUAUUUAUAAAAUGGGUAUGCAUUUAGUUUUGGUAUACUGAAAGGUAAACAUGAAUGUAUUUCCUUUUUUUCUGGUAUUUUGUGUUAUUUUAUUUCUCUUUUGUUGUCAGUUAAUUUGUAAAACUGAGAAGCAUCUUGUCGCCAGAGACUUAGAACAUUUGCAAACCAUUUGUAAAAACCCAGGAUCUUCUAUAACUAAUAUACAAAAACAACGUAGCACAUUGCCGUUUUCCCUUACAAAAAGCACACACAAUUAAAUAUCUAUUUUAUGUGAUGGGAUAUGCAAUUUUAUGUGAUGUUAUAUGCAAUUCACAGAAAAUAAGUCAAACAAAAACAAAUGACACCCUAGCAACCAUUGUUCUCCAUACCUUUGCAUGCACGGUGGUCUUCAAGAAUAUUGUCAAGAUAACCGAUACCCCAAUGGAACCAAGUUCUUCAUGUGACUCACUUUUGCUCUGAAUAUUGGAAAUGAUUAGGAGAUCGUAAGACCUGAUACUCCUAAUUUCCAAAUCCCCACUGCAUAAAAAAUCUGUUUUCAGCUUAAUUUUUAUUGGAGCCCAAGAAUGUGGAAGUUGCACAUUCUAUAUUUUUUCACAAAUAUGAUUUUUAGAUGAGAAAAUACCAUGGGUAAGUAUUUGUAGCUUUGUGCUUUUCUGAUAUAAGAUUACAGUAGUUUGAGACUUUCUUAUUUCAGACAUAGUCAAUCCUAUCUAAUAAAGAGGGAAUAUGCUAAUUGACCCUCACACCAUAACAAAG